AUGCUAACAUCCUCUUCACAGCUCAACUACAGCCUACCUGCCAACUUGAUGACAGUGCUUGAAUUUCAGCUGCUGCCCAAAGCUCAAAGAUAUCUUCCUAAGUUGCAGUCCAAUCCUCCUACCUCCGUAUUUGCAUACAGGACAGCGAGCUGUGUUUUCCAGGUCCACGUCAGGAUGCAGUCAGACGUACAGGAUAUGGAAGAGAAGAUACGACACCUACUGCUGAGACCUUAUAACAACGGCUCCAUCUCCAUCCAUCUAGAGGAAGAAGACAUAGAGAUAAGCCGCAUUCUUUUAAUUAAGUGCAGUGCAGAAACCCACCACACCCUGAAAGGCCUGUUUGAGUGGACUGAGGUUUCAGGAGGAAAAACUGCUGUUCACACAUGCCCAAAAAACCCGGACCACCACGCCACUCGACACUGUAAACUGUCCCUCAGUACCCACUGGAUGGCUCCAGAGCUGGAAGAUUGCGCUCCAGUGGUGGAAACCAUCCCUGACCUGCAAUAUGUCGAAGUCACCGCUGAUAAUACUCUGGAUGUGGUGGAGAUGAUUGAAGCUUUGCUAAAGAACCACUCCACACUCAGUUAUCAGGACCUGGCGACAGUCCUCGACAAGCUGGAGGGCAUCAUCAGCGUCAGUGUGGUCACACCAGACCUGGGCCAAGCUCUUCUCAACAUUAUUUCAGACAUACUGAAAUCUGACAGCGACCUGGUGCCUUUUACUAAUGACAUCUCAAAUAUUAUAGAAGCAGUGGGAGACAGGAUGGUGGGCUACGAGGGCUCCUCCACCCUGGUCGCUCCAGCCGUCGCCAUCGCAGUGGUGGAUGUUCCAGGACAGUUUAACAGUUUAACGUUUGGAGUGGCGUCUAAUCGAACUGGCAAAAAACCCGAGGUCUGCAAACGUGUAACAAAUAUCUUCACUGUGUGA